GGCGUUCAGUGACGGCUGCCGCACUAGCGACAAAGCGUACCUGAGUAGCGGGGCGGGUGGCUUACAUCGCUGCACUGGGAACCCCCCGAUUUGCAAUCCCCAACAAUCUCCAACGUCGUUUUUUAAGGCGCAAGGCCUCGACAGCGCGACCACCCGUCGUUAUGGCAGAUCUCACGCCUACCAGGCCAAGCCUGCCCAAUCGUCUUGCUGCUGCUGCCGUCAUGGGCACAGUUGGCAUGGCGUCACGGGCCUUCCUGUACGGGUUGAACAAGGUCGAGGUCACUGGCCUGGAUAAUCUCCUUUCCACUCUCGACAGGCGCAAACAGCAAGGAAGAGAGCGGGGACUUCUGACCGUUUGCAAUCACGUUGCAGUACUGGACGAUCCGCUCAUUUGGGGAAUUCUGCCGGCGCGUUACGCUUUCGAUCCCGAGAAUUUGCGAUGGGGUUUAGGUGCUCAUGACAUCUGCUUCAAGAAUGCGUAAGAAUAGAGAUUGGUGGUUGCAAUUGGGAUGCUGACAUUUAACAGCGCCACUUCCAAGUUCUUCUCCCUGGGCCAAGUUCUCCCAACCCAUCGAGGCUGGCAUUCGAAGCACGGCGGCCUUUACCAACCGACAGUAGCAGAGGCAGUGCGACUUCUCUCCGGCCCGAACUCGCACGUUCUUCCUCCGAAGACUACGACGUAUACAACUGAUGGCAAGGAUAGCCAUAUCCUUCCGUCAAUCUAUACCAUCAACCGCAAGGCAUGGGUGCACAUUUUCCCGGAGGCAUGCUGCGUCCAGAACCAGGAUGCCACGUUGAGAUACUUUAAAUGGGGUGUCUCUCGCCUCAUCCUGGAGAGUGACCCUGCUCCCGAGUUCAUUCCCAUGUUUAUCCAUGGCACCCAGAACAUCAUGCCCGAGGAGCGCGGCUUCCCACGCUUCUUACCGCGGAUUGGCAAACAGUUCCGUGUCAUGAUUGGUGAGCCAACUGACGUUGAUAAGUUAUUCGGCGAGCAGCGCGCACAAUGGCGUAAGUUGGCGCAAAAUUCGAGCGAAGAGGAGCUCAAGACAAAGCCCGAGGCCGUGGAACUCCGAAUCCAGGUAACCAAGGCGGUUCGUGACGAAGUCGCAAAGCUGCGAGAGAAAAUGGGAUUUCCACCAGAUCAUGACGAAGAAGCUGCUUUGGCAGAGACUUGGGCAAAGGAACCCAAUGUACGAAAAUUUAAAAGCCCAGUUGACGGAAGUUUGGUCAACAGGCACUGAGCUACCCAUUUCAGAGGGCCAUAGACACACAUAGCAUCACGGGGACUCGUCGCCGUUGUAAUAUCAUGUAUUAACGCUAACUCCUGUAUUUUUUAUUUUCUCCAGCCAUCAUUGUAGGCAUAGUCCUCGAGAUAGGAUAUGCCGGAUGUGUUUUGGUUCCAGAUUACAGUCUAAAAUAUCAUGGCUUCAUGGCCAAACUGGCGCCAAGCAAAAACAAGCAAAAGUAGAGCGAGCAAGGAAAUUGUACAAAUCUAAAGGUAAAAGGAUAUGAAAGAAAGCAAAAUCGAAUCGUCAUUAGUAUCCGUCGUAACCAGUUACGGGCACGCCAGGUUGAUAUGAGCGUGCGGCCGACUGUUGCUGUAGCUGCUGCUGCUGCUGGUGAAGAACAAUGUCGUUGAACCACGGGUGCUGCAGGGCAUCAUGGGCGCUGAUGCGUAGCUCAGGGCGAACUUGAAGCAUGCGUUGCAGCAGGUCAAUGCCUGUGGGGUCGAUGGCUGGCAAGAUGGUGCGGAGGUCUUGUGUGGCGUACAUUUGGAAGUUGGACUUGUAUUCGGGGAGCUGGGUAAUGCCGGGCCAUGUUCGCUCUGUGGGGGUGCCCAUGAUGCGGAAGAUACGAACUAUCUGGUCCUCGUUGGUGGUACCGGGGAAGAGGGGGCGACCCGUGUACAUCUCUGCCAUGAUGCAACCGGCUGACCAGAUGUCGAUGCUGGUGUUGUAGGUUCGGCUGCCGAGCAAGACGUCGGGUGCGCGGUACCACAGGGUGACGACCUCGUUGGAAAACGUGUUGACGGGGAUGCCAAAGGCGCGAGCCAGACCGAAAUCGCCGAGCUUCAACAGGCCCUUACUGUUGAAAAGCAGGUUCUGGGGUUUGAGGUCGCGGUGUAGAACUCGAUUCUGGUGGCAAAAGUCGAUGCCCUUGAGCAGCUGGUACAUGAAGGACUUGAUGAUGGGGGGCUUGAGAGCGCCGCGCUCGCCGUUGAUGUCCAUAUAGCGCUUAAGAUCGCCGUCCAUGUGCUCAAAGACGAGCAUCAGCUUGUUCUCGGUGUGGAUGACAUCGUGCAGGGCGACAAUGUUCUCGUGCUUGAGCUCCUUCAUGAGGGAGAUUUCUCGGAUGGCUGUCGACGGAGUGCCUUCUUCAGAGUCGAGGUGAAUCUCCUUGAGAGCAACGAGCUCGCCCGUUUGUCUGUUCCUCCCCUUGAAGACCUACAAGCGCCUAGUUAGCAUUUUCGCCAUGUGAUGUGGAGGAUAGACGAACAGUCGCAUAGGUUCCCUCUCCUAGCUUUUCCAGCUGCUGGAACGAGCUGGGGUGUCGUUUGCCGUCCAUGAUUGUGCUAUGAGUGCUCAGCAACAGACAAAAAGAAGAGCUAUGACAGGUAGAGGCAGAAACUGGUCGUAGACGCCGGAGCGGUAAUGCCUGGCGUCAAAGGGCGGCAGUGACUUGGAGGGAUAAGAGGGGUUAUUUACCAGGCGAGGCUAUGGAUUUAUCGGUGGCGACCGCGGGGCACGUUUUCACCAGGGUCCCCGCUGGCGAUGGAAGCAAGGGCAACAUUUAAGCAGGGGACGUAGAGGAAAGGGUGACAAGCGGCAUAUUAGAAAUGGAAUUUGGAUCCAGUCGAAGGGGCAGUGUGGCUGUGAAUUAAGAUGAAAUUUCUCAUAAAUUUUAAUCGCUGUCCUGUAAUAUGUAACACACUGCGCGGAAGAGCUAUAUAUGCUAAGUACACAUAGACGCUGCAAAAUAACCUGGUAGAGCCGUAUUGGAAGCCCAAUAAGGCUAAAAAUAAAUAAUAAAAAUGAAUCAUAGGCGAGUUCACAUUUGAAUCAUACUGUUUAGAUAUCUCGUACUAGCUGUAAAAAUCAUAAUCCCAAUUCCCAUCUCAAUAAUUCGCUGUCAAUUUGGGUAUUCCCAUGCAUCAAGGCCCUUCCCACUCGAAUAAUUACUCUUACGCCUCAAUGCCCACGGCCUUUAAUGCAGCAGUGAUGUCUCCAAUGUCGUCGGCUGCCUUGGAGAUAUGAGCAAGUUGCACUACACCCUUGGCAUCCACAGCGAAGAUACCACUAGUCUGCCAACGGUUGCCGCUCUCGGUGGGCUUGUUAUAAAUACCCUCUUCCUUGCCCAUCUUGAGCAGCGAGCUAAUUACCCACGGGUUGAAAACGUGCCAGACACUGGCUACUCCCAACCCCCACUGUGCGUAGAGAUCGCGCUCCACAUCGACAAUGACAUCAACGGCCCAGUUGCCGCCAACUUGAGGAACCCAUUUCUCAGUGUGGUCGGUGCUUGAAUGGGACACAGCAUAGCAGUGGACAUCCUUGUGCUUGUCGGAUACCGCGGUGAGCUGUUUGAAUGCCUUUUCAGCGACUGCAAUCGCUGUUAGCAAAGAUGAUUCAUGUUUAACGUCUAGUAUGGUUCACUUGCAUGGACAUCCGCAGUGGCGAAGGAAAACUACGAUGGUAGGUUUUCCAUCGUCCAGAGGGAUUUUCUCCGAUUUGGGAGCAGCAGCACCAAUCUUGGGAAUGGGUUGGAUAUCCUUGUAAGCUGGAGUCUUGAGCGAUGCCAUCUCAUCCCAGAAGCCGCCCUUGGCUUGAUCGGCAGGAGCGGCUGGUUGUUGUUCGGUAGCGGCAGACAUUUCGGUACCGAUGCUUGAUAUGUUUUCGAACAGUCAAGGCUAUUAAUUGACGGCUUUCGUGUAUGGAAGGCGAUUGUCUAUGAGUGGUGUAGAUGUCAAGUUUUUUCCGUGGGCACUGCCUCCAAAGACGGCAGAUGGGAAGCUUGGUUGGUGCAUGACGUCUUUGGGGCAGCUGGAGCUACUACAGCAGCUUUACUAGUGGCCGAUUUAGUGGGUGGUGGCGGCCACCCACAUCGGCUAUUUGGUUGAUAGAGAAACAGAGUCGGCUACAA